AUGGUGUUAGUGGCUGAGAAGGUCUCACCAAAGAACUGGCCGGUUUGGGAGAUGCCACACAGGAAGCAAUCGGCCNACUGGCGUGGAACUGCAUGCAACAUAUGUCCCAAGAACUGGCUCCAUUUCCAACAGAAGUGCUACUAUUUUGGCAAGGGCUCCAAGCAGUGGAUCCAGGCCAGGUUCACCUGCAGUGACCUGGAAGGGCGACUAGUCAGCAUCCACAGCCAAAAGGAGCAGUGGAACGACGCCUUCUGCCGCAGCUACCUGGAUGCGUGGGUGUGCGAGCAGCUGGCAACAUGUGAGCUAUCUGCCCCCUUAGCCUCUGUGACUCCAACAGGAUCCACCCCAAAAAGUGAACCCUGA